AUGUUGUCGUGUGUUGGGGGGUGUUUGGGUGAUGGGUCGGAGAUGUGGGUGUUGGGGUGGGGUGGUGUGUUUGUGGUGAGUGGGGGUCUUUUUGGGUGUGAGGUUGGUGGGGUGUUGGGGUUUGUGGUAUGGGGGUGGUCGGAGUGGGGGGGGAUGGGUGAGUUGGUGGGAUGCGGGGACGGGUGUUGUGGUGGGCGGGUUUUGUGUGGGAGUGUUUGGGGGUGGUGUGUUUGUGGGUGGUUGUGUUGUGUGGGUGUUAGGGGUCGGCGUUUGGGGGAGGGGUGGGUUGGGUUGGGGGGUGUGGUUGCGGUGAUGGUUGUGUUGGUGGCUGGGGGUGUGGGCGUGUUGUGGUUUUGUGGUGGUGUGAGUGGUGUGGUUUUGUUUGGGUGUGUGGUGGGUGGGUAUGAGUGGGGGGUGUGCUGGUGUGAGGGGGUUGGUUUGGGGUGUGUGGUGUGGGGGUCGGUGUGGGUGGUGUGGGUGGGGGGUUUGUUUGGUGUGAGGUGGUUGGGUGUGGUGUGUGUGUGUUCGGGGGGGUGUGAGUGUUUGGGUUUGGGGGGUGGGGUGUGGGGUGGGGGUGUUUGUGGUGGGGGGGAUAUGGGGGUGUUGCUGCUGGGAGAGGUGAUUGUGGGGCGGUGUGGGGUGGUGGUGUGGGGUGGGGUGGUGUUCGUUUGGUUGUUGUGUUGUUUUGUGGUGGAGGUGGUGGAGAGUUGGUGGGGUUUGUGGGGGGGUGUGGGGUUGUAG